AUGGCUAUUGACAUGGUGGAAGUCUUCCGCCACUAUGCGCCACAAAAUGGCAUGGAUAUCCGAGCUUUCAUCAAGAGCCUGAAAGAUGGGAACCUCCUCGAUGAGCACUUUACCAAGGUCGACGCCGACUUGGCCUUUGCACGUCGGACAGCCAAGGGCUCACGGCGCAUUUCCCACGAGGAGUAUUUGCAGAUCCUGCGGGGCAUCGCGAGGCGCCGAUCUGUAUCCGACGAGGACAUCUUUCGACUAGCGAAGAAUGGGUUGCCGGAUGCUGACGAACCAGCCGGCGGGGAGGGGAGGGGGAGGUUCGAGUUCGGCUGCAUCUAUGUUUCUAGCCAGCUCAGUGGCUUCCAGGAUGAGGUUGUCGUGAUUUGCGUGAUAGGAGGUCUCACCCUGGCAGCGGCCGGUUUCGCAUUUGCCGCUUUAUCCGUGUGCGAGAACAACUUGCGAUCCAUUGGCCGUUUGCUUGCAUCAGCUUUGCCCGCUAUCCGCCGCCCAACAUACAAGCAGAUCGAAUGGUUGGCAAUUGUUGCCUACGCUGCUUAUUCAGAGUUUGGUGACGCCAACAUGACGAACGACAAGACAGUGGACUGGGGGAACCUCCCAGUAUUUGUGUACUGCUCUCCAUCCCACACCACCCCGGUGGUGAAUGCCAAAGUGGCUCUAAGCAAACAUAUUGAGGCUCAUUGGGAAGACUGGCAAGACCCGGACAUCAAGAUCCGCCUUAUGAACCUGACGAACAAAGGAGAGGACCGGAAGUCCUGCGCUGUCUUCGACACUGCCGAUGUUGUGCCAAGUCACAGAUCAAGAGUCUUCUUGGCAAUUGAAGCAUCGCCCGCAUCAAGCAUGUCUCGAGCCGGGCUAUAUUAUCUCCCUGACCGGAACGAGUAUGCGGAACCGGUGUGGUUGAUGUGGAUCCAAGGUCAGAGGUCAACAGAUUUAGAGUUGGCGAAAUCCUUUACUGGUUGGAAAGGCGUUAUCGAUCAAGGUCUCGAGGCGGAUUACCGUGCACUAGGGAAAGGGCAAUUUGAUGAUCUUUCCGAGCCGCAAACUGUGCCUUGGCACAAAGCGAAUACAAACAAUCAGAGUACUAAGUUCUUUGCCUACGUGCACAUUCUUGAGAAGUAUGCUACUGCACGACUUCGGCCAACUUUCCUUGCUCGUGUCAAAGCCUUCAUUCAGCAAGUUGCCGGUUUGUACGUGGGCUUUUGGUUUCUCCGUAUGAUCUUUGAUUUUAACGCAAACGCCAACAUCCUUCGGAAGGCGGAUGCGAACAGCAAAUUGUACCAGGUACCCGAGAAUCAAGCCCAGCAACGGCCUCUGGCCCAUUUUUAUAGUUCCAGUUUCCGCAACGGCAACAGUUUUGAUUGA